CGGCCGAGGCUAACGAGGUUUUGUAAAACGAUUUCGCGGAUUCGGUUUUUUUUGUGCUUUCAGGGGGAAAUUUGUUUGGAAAUUUGUUAUGAAAUAGCCGCUGAAAGAAGAAGAUCAACACAAAGAAACACGGGAAGCCUCAGAAAACACCAACCGAAGAUGUCUGCACAUAAGGAGAACGAGCUCGUGUCAUUCGAUGAUAUCAACUAUGACAACUACGAGGACCUCCGUAAAGCUCAAGAGUCCAUGCUUAGAGAACAGUGGAUCCGCAUCAACGCGCUCAAAGUCACCCGUCACGCGCUGGAGAAGUGCUAUAAGAACAAGGGCGUGAACCACUUCGAGGACUGUAGAGAUCUGGCUGAGAAGUACAUGCAAAUGAUGGAUGCCCAGGGACGUAUUGAAGGGUUCUACGGUUACCAGAAGAACGAUCCAACCAAAUGAGCAAGGUGAAGCAAAUGUGCACACAGGGCCAUCGUUGCUGGUAUUGUCAUUCUAUUUAUUCGUAUUUAUAAACUAUUUAUUCAUAUCUUGUUUCCUAUUUAUA